AUGGAGGAGACUGACAUCAGAGAAGAAGGCAGGAAAGAAACAUCAGCGACCCAGCCAGGAUACCCACAGGCAGACCUGGCUCUGUUACACCCCCCUCCCCUGCCCCAGGACCCGGUCAGCCCGCUGACUCACCUGGGGACGCUGCUGUCCGGACACGACGCACCGAGGAGCGGAGGAUGGGACAGGAGGCUGGAUCUGGGGUUUCAAGGCUGUCAGUUCUUCGGAUCAGCGAGGGAACCAGGACAAGAAGCUCACGCUGAUCAGAGUGUGACCAUCCUUCAUGCCAAGGUCGCCCAGAAGUCCUAUGGCAACGAGAAGAGGUUCUUCUGUCCUCCUCCCUGCGUUUACAUCAGUGGUCACGGAUGGAGAGUCACACAGGACCAUCUCAAAGCUGCAGGCUACGGAGACUCUGCGUAUCGAGUGUGUGGCUACAUGUGUCUGGACAGCUGCAGUCAGUCUCAGGCGGACACUUUCAAGCUGGUCUUCGAUGAACAGCCAAACUCCAGGCAGAUGUUUGCCUGUGCCAAGUCCCUGUUCAUCUCUGACCAGGACAAGAGGAAACACUUCUGCCUGUUGCUCAGACUCUUCUUGGGGAACAGACAGGAGGUGGGUUCGUUUCAGAGCAGGAUGAUCAAAGUCAUCUCCAAACCCUCGCAGAAGAGGCAGUCCAUGAAGAACGCCGACCUGUGUAUCUCAUCCUGCUCCAGAGUGGCUUUGUUUAACCGUUUGCGCUCUCAGACGGUCAGCACUCGGUACCUCUCAGUGGACAGAGGAGCCUUCAUAGCCAGCGCCAGACACUGGACUGCCUUCACCAUUACUCUGGUGGAUGACCAGCGAGCUGACCAUGGUGAUUUUGUGCUGAGCGAAGGUUUCAUCUGUUACGGCUGUGUGGUCCGACUCGUGUGCACGGAGUCUGGAGUAACUCUGCCACCCAUGGUGAUCCGUAAAGUCAACAAGCAACACGCCAUCCUGGACGUGGACGAGCCGGUGUCUCAGCUCCAUAAAUGUGCCUUUCAGUUCAGAGACAGUCCACAUGCCUUCCUGUGCCUCUCCAAUGACACCAUCAUACAGUACCAGGCUCCGUCCAGCGUCAGAGACCCGAGCAGAGUGGUGCUGAACGAUGGAUCCUGCUGGACCAUCAUCGGAGUGGAAGCAGUGGAAUACACUUUUAAUCAGGGUCUGGCCUGCAUCCAGACUCCAGUGACUCCUUUCCCUGUUAUCACUGGGUUAGAGGUGAAUGGCGGAGGACAUGUCGCCAUGCUUGAGAUCCAGGGAGAGAACUUCAGUCCUCAUCUCAAAGUCUGGUUCGGCAACAACGAGGCUGAGACCAUGUUCAAGUCUCCUAAAUCUCUGCUCUGCGUCAUUCCUGACGUCUCAUUGUUCACUGACGGCUGGCGCGCUCUGCGACGCAUCAUCACCGUCCCGCUGUCUCUGAUCCGAUUGGACGGCCUGAUUUAUCGCACACACUUCAGCUUCACCUUCACCCCUGAGUUGCAGCCGCCGCCAGCUGUUCGUGGAGCAGCAGCAGGAGGGCAGAGAGAUGGAGGGAUGGAGAGAGGAGCAGAGGACGAUGUUUUGUUGGAGACCAUCCACCAAGAGUUCACCAGAGCCAACUUCCACCUCUUCAUGCAGACCUAGCUCGCCUGCUGAUGGAGUGUGACUACCUGCAGAAUAUCACUGAAAACACUGACCUCUUGUUUCAAUGAGGUGUGAGCAAAUCUGACUUGUUCUGGACUGCUUGAUGCUCUGUUUGGUCUUUUAAAAUUGUAUCAUGUUUAUCAUGAGGGUAUGUUUGGGGGCAUGUAAAGCAUCUGCACCUGAGUUCUUUCCUGAUAUGAAGAGGGCGCAUUAGUGAUCGAUGUGUCCAUGUCACGCAGAAAUACUCCCCCGAAGCGCUUGAGGGCAGUGUGGUCUCUCUGAUAGUCGGAUCACCUGUUCCCGGCCCCGCUACGUUCUCUGUUUACAUUUUCACAACGAUUCAGAGCGUUUUAUGUUAAUUUACAGCUGAUACAUGUUGCUGUUUAUCUUAUAGCCAUGAUUAUAGGGUAGAAUAGAGAGGAGACAUUGGAGGAGAUGAAAUACAUGGCCGAUGUGCGGACGAUGGACGGGGACACCGGAAGUGCUGUAAAUGCAGGAAAUACAAUGCCACAGAGUGGACCAAUCACAGGGCUUGCGGUUCAUGUUGAUUCUAUGCGUAGCUACAUUUUUGAGGAGGUGCGCAUCAGCUACGUGUGUAGGCCUCUGCUUAGGUACGGGAGCUACGUAGACCUACGGCGUAAGCUACGCCGUCGAUUCGACAUAGAAGUAUAAAUCAGGCUUAAGAGUUCACAACAUCCUACAUCAAUGGUUGAACUCUUCACAGAUAUAUCAUAUAAAGUUUGUAUUUUCUUUGAAGCUGUGCCGUUGAUUUAUAAAGCAGACUGCACAAGAUAAGACAAACAGAAACCAAAAAGGUUCCCUUAACCAAUAAAGUAAAAGCAGUAUUUACAAUAUAAACACACAAAACGUUAAAAAGUUAAAAGCAUUAGAUACUGUUUUUAGUUAAUAAAGUUUGUUAAAAACUAUGCAGACUGAUAAAAAUACGAUCUUAAAUACAAAAAAACCCCCAAGUUUUAGAGGUCACAUACCACAAAAGGCCAGGCUAGCAAUUAGCUGCUAGGCUACUGGCUAGUGUGGCUACAUGUAAUCAAAGUAAGUCAUAACUAUUCAGGAACAAAAAACAUCACAUGAAUCAAACAAACCAGCAAAGAGACAAUACAUUUAAUGUAUGUUUGUUUUUUUUGGCAGAUAUGCAGCAAAAGCCGCCUUCAAAGUGAAAGCUCACAAAAAGUCUAAAACACUCAACACAAAGGAAAACCAAACCAUGUACUAACGAUAAAACAGUUUUUCCAACCUCUAAGGAGUCUUUUACAACAUGUGCGUAGGGUACAACCAUGUGAUUGAGUAGCAAAAAUACGUAAAUAAAGACUUACAGUACCUGUCUUUUAAGUUAUUCACAAAUCUACAACAAAUCUGCUUGACGACAUUGCGACUGCUAUCAUCGUUUCGAUUUCCUGGAAUGCAUCAGAAAUUACUGAUCGGACCUCUGAUCAUCAAACAAACAUUGUUAAAGUUGUUUUCUUCUCCUCUUGAGGAAAGACCUGACGUAGCAUGACCUUUGACAUUUUAAUCUCUGAAUCAUGAUGUUGAAAUAACCUUAGCCCUCUUAAUUUUAACAGUGAAACUGAGACUCUCCAGAGACAGAUGAAUAAGGCACUUCAGAAAGGGACGUAAUGAGUCAGGAAAUGACAGAGUUUACUUUGCAGAUUUAUCUGUAUGGGUUGUUAAUAUGAUUGUAAACAAUGCAGCACACAGAAAAGGAAGUAUAGGCUGAAGGUCUUUAGGUUCACUGCUGGUCCCAGAGGCUGUAUCAUCGUCACACAAUGGCAGAUGGUUGUGUAUCCAUUGAAUGUGUAUUCAGAAUAUUGAUCCCUGCAAACUCCACAGAUAAAACCAAAGACAUGGGGGGAAGCUCCUGCAAAGCUUUGCAUGUUCUGUGGCUGGAGAUUCCCUCUGACAGAUCAGUGACCUGAAGUGUUUUCUGGCCACCUUUCAGUGUCAGCUUAUCUCACUUCAAACCCAGACUGCAGUGAUACAAAGAAAUACCAGACACUACAACUUUUGGCCAAUGAAAAACCAAGAAAGAACAGUUCGUGCGAGACGAGCUGUGCAUACCCGUAAAUGAGGUGCAUGUCAGUGAAAAAAACAGCCUCUGCCCCGAUCUCUGUGGCUGCCACAGAGACGUUUAUACGACGUGUUCAGUGACAGGGAGAGCUGAUAAAACAGCAAACAGUGGAAAUUAACUGUGAGAACCUUAUAAAAAAAACACACAGAGACCUAUAGAGAGAGCAGGAGGAUGUUUUUCUGGAGGAAGGACACGCGAGCCGAGGGCAGCGUGUUGUUAGAGAAAGCAGCAGAGCAACACUGGCUGCUUCCCGUUUGAUCCUCUGAAGGCAGCUAACAAGUCACUGUUCUGAGAAAAGACGGAGGCCCCUCUGUAAUCUGAGUGUUCCUCCUCUUUGGGUGUAGAGAGUUGGUCUGAAUGGCACUUUGUUGCUCGACUGUAACUGUAAUAACUCACGGGGGUUUGGAAGUGAAACAGAAGCACGGGUUACUCCCCGAGGAAAGUUUCAAUUACUUUACCAUCACAGCCUCGACGAGUGAUGCAGGAGGCUUCAGCUGAGUUCAGGUGAGGUAAGAUGAAAAAACAUCAGCAAAUACUGCUCGGAAGGAAAAGCA